AUGUUGACGACAUCCAUUAUUCAUCCCAGUACCCGCAGCGGUUUAACCGUUGUAAAAGCGCCAACUUCAAUUUUCUUCCCUCCAAAAGGAACCAGUAUUAACAUGGCCGACUCCGCACCACCAACCCAAGCUACACUCAAAGUAGACCUUCCGACAUACAAUACCAAUCUACAGACGUGGUUCAUUCAAUUAGAUGCUAUAUUUCAAGCAAUACCCAUUACAUCAGAACAGUUAAAAUUUGCGUCCGUCGUCGAGAAGCUACCUGCCGACGUGGCAUCGGAGGUAGCAGACAUUCUCAAUGACCUUCCGUCAGACAAACCCUAUGAGGUACUAAAACAGGCAAUACUGCAGCGGACGGGUUGUUCAGAGGAACGAAAGUUUAGAGAACUCCUGACCAACGUCACCCUCGGAAGUAGUAAACCUUCCCAGCUUCUACGCAGGAUGCAGACCCUGCUUGGUGCGAACUCAAUGUCCGAAGCCGUUCUGAAACAAAUGUGGCUGGACAAAGACACAGUACAGAUUUUACCAGCGUUGACAGACAAUAUGGAUAUUCAGAAGUUAGCGGCGAUAGCUGACAAAAUCUCAGAUACCUGCCCAGCACAUCGAAACGCCUCUGUCGUGCCGUUGAAUGAUCCAACCCCAGAUAUCAAUCAGCAGUUACAAGCUUUAGACUGCGAGGUGAAGAAACUAUCCCUGUGCUUAAAUGAAGCUCAAAAUACACAAAGCAGAAGCCGUAGCAACUCUGUGAAUCGGUACUGCGUUCAACGCCGACGUUUUACGUCGCGGCGCCCCUGA